AUGGUUGGACUCUUCGAAGAUGGUGCUCUUGCACUGGAGGAAGGGGUUCAGCGGAGGUCGCGCUCGCUUCGAAAUCGCAUUCGGGCACUUGAGCGUCUCCUACGCUGGGAGAACCUUGCUACCGGUGCGCGGGCAGCCAAAAUCCAAGAACUUGAAAGUCUGCAGCGUCUACUUCAUAGAAGAAAACGCCAGUCCGAAAAGGAUGCUAUUACGCGUAAGUACCUUCCUAUUCGUAAGCGAGAGGAGCGCAAGCUCUGCAACGAGCUUCAGCGCCUGCUGGAAGAACGACCGGAGGACGUUCCGGACUAUGACUCGAAAAAGGCGCAGCUGGAGCGAGACCUAGAAUACGUGCGGCACUUUCCGGCGGGCGUGAAAUACGUGGCACUCUUUCCGAAAGGUGGUCACUCACCGCGCGCUCUGAAACUGAUCAGGCGUUUUCGUGCCCGCAUAGCGCGACAGCUUCGGGAACAAGUGUCCAGUGGUGCCGCUGAUAUUCCAGACAAGAGCCCAGAGAAACUCACAGAGGCACUGGAGGGACCCAGGCAUGCUUUUUCCGCCCCGCAUAACGUUGCAAGCAGCGGCAUGCGCAAACGCUCCCAUGCGGUUGGUGCUGUCCUUCCACCAGACGCUGUGUCGUCGCUUCGAAGUGACAUACGCAGUCGGAUGCAUCAGAGAACGAAUGAUUUGCAGCGUGCGUCUCGUAUGGAGAUGUCCGGGGACCACGAAAAGCUUCAAGAUACGGUUCAAGCACGCGCAAGGCAGACGCUGCGGUCGCGAUCGAUUGAUGAUCAUCUGCCCAGGGUGCCUGGUAGGAGGCAAGCCCAACGCAAGGCCGAUGAAAAAUCGUCUUUGGAGCAACCAGAGCCACCGACAAGACGAUGCGAACCCCGGGCGGUUGCUACGUUGCCCCGAGUCAGCUACACUGAUCCAUUGCUGGAGCCCGACACGGACUCGGAGACUCGGGACUCGACGCGAAUAUACAGGCAAAGCGGUGAUGACGAAGAUGAUGCCCUAGAACGCCACGUAUUCCUUGCCCGAUUGCGAUGUCCAGACGAUCGACCAGAUCGAGCAGCGACAACGCGUCGCUCGCGAGGCCGUGGCCGUAUACUGGGUAGCGUCGAACCCGGCGCUUAUGACAGUGCCGCAGUUCCGACGGGAACCGUGUAA